UUCCAACGGUGAGACCCUGAACCCCCACAGGAGGACAACCAGCCCACCGGAUGGAUCCAGACUGCCUCCUGGAAGAAUCCUUGGACUUUUCCAGUGAUGUGGACCUCAUUCUCAAUACUCUGGACACGGAAGACAGUGAGGACCUCAAUAAGGAAUGCAUAUACAACUGUUUCAUUGCCAUUCUCCAUGGCGACUACCCCUUGGAUGACACAGUUAUCCAGAGGAUGAUCUUCCACGCAUCCAAGGACAUGCACGACAGUACCCUGCCCCGAGAAACGCGGAUGCUGAGCGGGGACGUGUUGGUGUCCCUGGCCCGGCAUAACUUCAACUGUGUCAUGUACGAGCUGCAGAAGCACUUCCGCGUCCUGGAGCUACCGGACGAAUUCACGGUCCUGGCUCUGGCGGACUUGGCAUCCACUUACGUGUCCCAAAGCAUCCCGUUCAUGACCCUGAUCCUGGUCACCCUGCAGACCAUGCUGCGCCUGGCUGACGACGAAAAGAUGAGAGGAGCGUUCUGCAUCGCUCUGGAGAAAUUCAGCAAAGCCAUUGAGGAGUACAUCAAGAAAUGGCAGGAAUUUCCAUACCCCAGAAUGGACAUCAACCGCUUCUUGGAUAAGAUCUUCAUGAUAUUUUGCCACAUUAUGGACAACUGGGUCCCACGGGCCGCCUCUCCUGUGACCAGCCUGGCGGUCAUCAAGGCUUACGGCCCAUCCAUCUCCUUGCUGCUUCACCGGGAGGAACUCCGGGAGUUUUCCCUGAGCCAAGUGCCCUGGCUUCUUGCUCAGUACAAGGACACAGAGACAGACUUCUUUGUCAGCCAGAGUCUGAAACAGAUUCUGGCCGCUGCUGCUGAUUAUGGAAUUUGCCUUCCAAAGACCAUCCGGCAACCAAUCUUUACUGAACUACACUCUCGGAUUUGCAAACCCCCUCUCCCACGGAUAGAGGAAAAUGAGAUGGAAGCUGCCUGUUGCUUCCUCUUUCUGGCCCGCUCCAACACGGCAGACCUGCUGGAGUUCUAUGACGACGUGAUGAGGAGCAGCCACGAAGCCGUGCGUGUGGGGACGCUUGCUUUGCUGAGGUCGGCCGUCUGUAUCAACGAGCCCAAGAUGCGGAAUUACGUCGUUCUGGUGGAGAAGACUGUCAAAUCCACCCUCGGAGAUCCUCGGAACAGGGUGAGGCUCAACACCCUCCUCCUCAUCAAGAGCAUGUGUGAGCUGGGCUUCCUGGAGGCCAGCGAGGGCUGGCCACUGCUUGAUUACGUCUUCGCCCAGUACGUGCUGAGCAACGCCCGCCUGAAGGCGCCCAAAGCGGUCCCCGCGGAGGAAGCCCAGGAGGAGACAGCAGUCCUUGGGGCUAGCCUCGAGGUCCUGCAAACCCUCAACCCGCUGAUUGGGGCUUUGCCUCAGAUUCUGUGGCCAAGGCUGUUGACCUUUGUGGUGCCGGCAGAGUACACAGGGGUUUUGGCCUCCACCUGCAAAAUCCUCAGGCUCUUGGUUGCAGCGAAGAAGGAGGAGGAGGCUCAGAAGCCCGAGACAUCCUCGGCCCUUGCCGGCCACGGCACACCAGGCCAACUCCCAUCCCCUCACCAGCUACUGGCCAGACUUCUGGUCACGUCGGUCCUGGCCUGCGAGGGAGAAGAGCGAGGGACGGAAGCUCUGCAGCUCCUGCAGGCCAUUCCCCACCUUAUCCACCUGGACCUGGUGAAGCCUUGGACCACUGGCUUUCCGGUGCCGCCCCUUCCUUCUGCAGGAAACAGCCAGGAAAGGGUGCGGUGGGAAACCUCUCUCCUUCAGUUCCUCACGGAGACCUUGUACAGCAUAAACGACAACGUCUGGACCAGCAAGCUGAGCCUGGAGUUGAGUCAGCAGAUGAACAGCUACGCCAGAACAUCCGCUGAACAGAAAUUUCUCUGGAAGGCCCUGGGCACCACCUUAGCCUGCUGCCAGGAUGAGAACUUCGUCGGGGCUCAGCUGAGAGACAUCUUGAGAUCAGCCAACCGGCUGGGAGAGCCCAGGCAGGGGACGAGCUAUAUUUUGGGGCACUGUGCCGCCAGCCAUCUGGAUCUCGUGUUAAAGGCCCUGAAGGCAUAUGAAGAAGGGGAGACAUCCUUCCUCAGCCGCUGUAAGGGCCUCUUCUCUGGGAAGAAGAACCUGACCAAGCUGGACCUGAUGGCCAUUUACGGCUCUGUGGCCCUGCACGCCCCAAAGCAGGAGCUGCUGGCUAGGGUGGACCUCGACAUCGCGGCACACGUCCUGCACCUCUACAAUGCCUGCUGCCAGGUUCUGGGUAUAACUGUGGUCAACAAGGAUGUGGAUCUGCAAAUCAUCUUCACCAGAAGCGUCACCGAGAUGACCGUAGCGGUUCAGGAGGCCGCCGCGAAUCUGGACUACAAAUUCUCCCAUAAAGAAGCGCUGCUUGGCCACAUGUUGGACUUCAUCCGAGAAGAGCCCUUGGACUCCUUAGCUAGCCCCAUCCGCUGGAAAGCGCUGAUCGCCAUCAGACACCUAAGUACACUGAAACCCCGACUCUCUCUGAACGACAAGCUCAACAUCCUCAAUGAGAGCCUUAAAAGUCUGCUCCCCCUUCCUCCGAUGGACCAACUCAUCGGGGAGGGCCAGACCGACAUGGACAAGGAGCACAUUGAGUUUCUGUACGUCAGGUCCCUGGAUGCCCUCCGGAGACUCCUGAAGACCAUGCUGUGGGACGGCGAGGACCCAGAGGAGUGCCAAGAAAUAUUUAACCUUCUUCGGAUAUGGCACGUUUCGCCAAAGGAGUGGGAAAGAGAGAGAAUUCUGCAGCUCAGCGCGGAGGUGUUGGCUAGUAACAACCAGAGACCAGCGAACUUCAGAAUCGGCUCUCUGGUGGGGCUGUUUGGCCCUCACUGCUGUGACUCUCUGCCCACCAUCCGCCAAGGGGCUGCCGACGCCAUCAUCUGCCUCCUGGGUAUCCAAGGGAUGCCCCAGGAAUUGGGAAAGCUACAGGACCUGCGCGAAGAGCUCUGCUCUCUGGAUUGCCAGGACCAGUUUCAGAUUUCUACAAACAUAGCCAAGAUCGUUAGCAAAUUCAUCCCCCAUGAGGAAACCCAGGACUUCCUGGAAGAACUGCUCGACGGCCUGGAAAACCUGACCCCCAGUUGUGCCAAGGCGUGCAGCAUCUGGAUGGUCACCAUCCUGGAGGAGCAGGGAGCCAUGCUUGAGGGCCAGCUGCUGGGGAUCCUGGAAUCCAUCUACCAUCACAUGACCGUCCUCAGGCUCAAGGAGCAGAGUUUCCAGUUUGUGCUGCAGAUCAUCUCUCUUAUAGCAAGCUUCCACCUGGAGAGUGUUGUUUCCAGCCUCUUGGCCAAACCCCUGCCCUUUGACAGGGACACCCGGAUCCUGUGGCAAGCCCUGGCAGGGGAAACCCACUCCACCCCCCGACUCCUGCGAGUCUUGAUGGACAGAUUGAAUCAAGGGAUGGAGGACGACGUGGCUGAAACUGAGGCCAUUGCAGCUGCCUGUGCGCUGAGGGAGGUGGUGGAGGCUGGCGGGGAGUUGGGUCAGCUCUUCCCCGAGCUGUUCCAGCUGCUCCUGAAGCUCAUCAGCUGCACCCAGGGCCGGGAGACCCUGGUUCCCGCCUUGAGCCGCAGGAGGGUCCUGCAACAUGGAGAGCGCCACCAGGGUGGCAACCCCUGCAGCCUGUCAACGGCGGCCCUGCGCUGCGUCCAAGUUCAGGCCAUGAAGGAGGGCCUGGCGAAAGAAACCGAGGAAGGGGAGAACCUGUGGAGCCUGUUGAGCGACCCCCAUUCCCACCCCACCGGAGUCUGCGUUCUGGCCAGGAGCCUGCCCACCUGGCAACAGGGAAUCACGCUGGAACUCAUGGCACGCCUGCGCCCGGCACUCUCCUCACCAUCUGAGAGCUACAGGGUCACCGGCACCACUUUCUUCUCUGAGCUCCUGAAGGAGCCGACGCUCUGGAAGCCGGGAAAGCUCAAAGAGGUGUUAUUCGUGAUGGCCCAGACCACCUGGGACCCAAACCUCACCUUGAGGCAGAUGGCGAUCCGGGGGCUGGGGAAUGCCACAACUGGGGCUCCCAACAAGGUGAGGAAGAACAAGCAGCUCAUCCUGGAUGCGGUCAUCCGAGGCCUGUACCAUCUGGUCCGCACCGAUGUCAUCUGCGAGAGCCUGAAGGCGCUGAGGAGCCUCCUGGGGCUGCUCUCGGCCGAGGAGGUCAACAGCCACUUCCAGGAGAUUGUCCUUCUGACGAGGACCUUCCUGGAAGACGAGCAGGACGAGGUGAGACUGAACAGCAUCCAGUUGUUUGGGAUCCUGGCUGAGAAAGCAACAAGCUCCAAAAGGCCGUUCUUCAAGGGAGAGAUGAAAAAGACGCUCACGGCAUUCUUCCUUCACCUGUGGGACCCCAACCCACAAAUAGGUCUGGCCUGCCGGACCACCAUAUCGGCCUGCCUGCCCUAUCUGGGCAUGAAGGAGCUGGGGGGGAUCGUGGACAAGCACCUCGCAACCCUGGAAAUGCCCAAGGCUCGGGAUUUCUACCAGGAUGCGUGUGGGAUUCUGGCCCGCAAGAACGCGGCCCUGCUGCAGACCGUGUACAUGCACACGUGCAGCUUCUUCCAGAGCCCCUGGGAGAGGAUCCGCUGUGCCGCCGCCAAGCUCGCAGAUGCCAUCAUUCAAAAUGCACCCGGCACACCCUCGCAGUGGUUGGACCAAGAAAGCCUGGACGCAUGUCUGCGGGGGCUGAAGACGGACCCCUGCGUCAGUGUCCAGAGAGCGGCGGAGGCCGCCCGGCACAGCCUCCUGCGAAGGCGGGCAGUGAGCGGAAGCAGCCUUCCUCACCCGUAAGCGGAGGGCCGGGACUGGCUGCCCAGUCCACCAACUUCUCCCGGGCCGUCCGCUGGGUCCUGGGGAAGCGAGGAGGAGAAGACAAGCUCGGGCCCUUGGAGAUCUUUAUAUUCAAUCACAAUCUGGCAUAUCCUGGGGUCCGAAACUGGGUCGGUUCACUGUGUCUCUGAACCACCGAGCCCAUCUCCAGCCCCCAUGGACCUUGGAUGACCUUGAUUUGGGUUUGCAGGGUGCCCUCGGCCUAGAUUUGCUCAAACUGCCAUCUGACCUCCUCAGGGCAGGCCAGUUUGAGGCCAUUUGCCCUCUCCUCUCUCCUCCAUGGACCCUCCCACCCCCAACAUUGGCCACUUUGGGAAUGAUUCAAUUGUUUCUCCCCACCUCGGCCACUCCGUAGCCUCUCCCAAUCUGCCUGCCUCAUCCCCCUUCAAUUAUAAGCCCCCAGAAGGAGGAGCCGCCCCUUCGGCUUUCUCAGUGCUCAGCUCACAGAAGAGGUCGAUGCAGUGCUCUAUUCACCCAGGAACCAAAUGGGUGCC